GUGGCUCAGAAACGCAGCGACUGCCAAGCGAGGCGGAAGGCCUAAAACAAACGAAACGGGCUGGCGAGGCGAAUUAUCCAGUGAACCGGUUAACCGAUUAUCCAUUUUCCAUUUUCCGUUGCACGAUUACCCAUAACCGAUACCAAAAUCAGCGCGCGCGGCCCAACUAACUAUUUCAAUUACAAUUUAUUUAUUUUUGUUUCUGUUUGCUCAAUGUGUUUACGAGGCCUAAAUGAAAGUGCAGAAAGGCAAGUGACUGUGAAUGCGAACGUGACAAUGGCACAGAGAGAAAACAUCACAAUAUAGUCCACAAAAAGCGAAAAACGCUAAAAAACUCAUUAUUUACUCCAUAAACUUCAAAUAUUAUGGAAAAAAAUUGUCGUAUUGUUCUUAAGAUCGAAUUUCUCAACAUUAAUGACACUUCGAUUUCCAUUUUAACGUUUGAUUUUUCAAUACAUGAGAUAUUUGAAAUGACCGAAUUGUGAUGUUUUUUUCUCCGUGUGCUUUGAUAGUGAAUGCAAAAAUAGUGACUAAAAGUGGCCGCAAUGCAGUCACAGCAAUAAAGCGGAACUAAACCCAAGGAAACGCCCAAAGAAAUUCAAGAAAGGAAGCGGAAUCCUUCCCUGAAAAACCUUCCACCUAGUAAACCGAUUCUCCUCCCCCAAAAACAUGGUUGUAGUUCCCGCUCUAGGCGCCGCCGCCGUUUCCGUGGGCGGUCUGCUCUUCAAGGCGAGUGCCGCCUCCAAGGCGGCGGCGGCAGCGGGCGUGGCCGCGGCAGGAGCCUCCAAAUUGGGCCUGGCCAUUGCCGGCGCUAUCAAACUGGCCACCGCUGUAAUUGGCGUUGGAAAACUGACCAUACUGCCCUUCCUGAUAGCGGCGAUUGCCUACUACAACUACGAUCUCUUCGAUCCGGAGAAUCGACCCUUUAAUGUGCAGCAAGUGGAGCUGGCCUACGAUUUCAUCAUCAUCGGUGGCGGUUCGGCGGGCACUGUGUUGGCCUCCAGACUCUCGGAGAUACCGCACUGGAAGAUCCUGCUCCUGGAGGCCGGUGGCCAUGAGACGGAGAUCUCCGAUGUGCCGCUGCUGUCGCUCUAUUUGCAUAAAAGCAAAAUGGAUUGGAAGUAUCGCACCCAACCUCAGCCGACAGCUUGUCAGGCAAUGAAGGACAAACGCUGCUGCUGGACGAGAGGAAAAGUCUUGGGCGGCAGUUCGGUGCUGAAUACAAUGCUGUACAUCAGGGGAAACAAACGAGACUUUGACCAGUGGGCGGAUUUUGGAAAUCCCGGAUGGUCCUACGAGGAGAUUCUGCCCUACUUCCGGAAGUCUGAGGAUCAGCGGAAUCCCUACUUGGCCAGGAACAAGCGCUACCAUGGCACAGGUGGCCUUUGGACCGUCCAGGACUCGCCGUACAACACGCCCAUUGGACCAGCAUUUCUGCAGGCUGGCGAGGAAAUGGGCUACGACAUCGUGGACGUGAAUGGAGAACAACAGACGGGUUUCGGCUUCUAUCAGUUCAACAUGCGACGUGGUUCGCGCAGCUCCACGGCCAAAUCAUUUUUGCGACCAGCUCGCCUGCGACCCAAUCUGCAUGUGGCACUCUUUUCGCAUGUCACCAAGGUCCUAACCGAUCCGCAUACGAAACGAGCCACUGGAGUUCAGUUUAUACGAGAUGGAAGGCUGCAAAAUGUGUAUGCCACCAGGGAGGUGAUCCUGUCGGCCGGAGCCAUUGGAUCGCCACAUCUGAUGAUGCUAUCGGGUAUUGGACACGCCGAUGAGUUGGCCAGAGUGGGCAUACCAUUGGUGCAACAUCUGGCGGGCGUGGGACAGAAUCUGCAGGAUCACAUUGCCGUUGGCGGCAUUGCCUUCCUCAUCGACUAUCCCAUAUCGAUUGUGAUGAAGAGAAUGGUCAAUAUCAAUACCGCACUGAGGUAUGCCAUCACAGAGGAUGGUCCUUUGACCUCCAGCAUUGGCUUGGAGGCGGUGGCUUUUAUUAAUACAAAAUACGCCAAUGCCAGUGACGAUUGGCCCGAUAUGAACUUUAUGAUGACCUCGGCAUCGGUGAUGUCCGAUGGCGGCAGCCAGGUGAAGACGGCCCACGGCCUAACCGAUGAGUUCUACCAGGAGGUGUUUGGGGAGGUCAACAAUCGCGAUGUCUUUGGCAUUUUCCCCAUGAUGCUGAGACCGAAGAGCAGGGGCUACAUCAAGCUGGCCUCGAAGAAUCCCCUCAGGUAUCCGUUGCUGUAUCACAACUACCUCACCCAUCCGGAUGAUGUCAAUGUUCUGAGGGAGGGCGUCAAGGCGGCGGUGGCCAUGGGUGAAACCCAGGCGAUGAAGAGAUUCGGAGCGCGAUUUUGGAACAAACCAGUGCCGAAUUGUAAGCACCUGAACCUGUACACCGAUGACUACUGGAACUGCUUCAUCAGGCAGUACACGAUGACGAUAUACCAUAUGAGUGGUACGGCCAAAAUGGGACCACCAACGGAUCCCUGGGCAGUGGUGGAUCCCCAGCUGCGGGUCUAUGGCAUACCCGGACUGAGGGUUAUAGAUGCCAGCAUAAUGCCGGCCAUUACGAAUGGCAAUAUCCACGCGCCGGUGGUGAUGAUCGGCGAGAAGGGUGCAGAUAUGAUAAAGCAACUGUGGCUUACCCCCACCACGGCGCCCGUGGGCGUUCAAGGUCAGGGGCCGAGCCCGCGUCAAGGUCACAGCACGAGCCCAGCGCCACCACCACGAACCCAGUGGCGGAGUAAACGAUCAUUGAACUCCACGGAAACGGAAACAGAAACAAAAACGGAAACGGAAACAGAAACGGAAACCGAAACGGAAACGGAACCAGAAACGGAAGCCAGUGAAAAGUUGGACAUUGGAACAUCAUCUGUACAUCAAUGGCCACUGCCAAGGUCGUAGCUAUUGAAAUUGAGGGGGGUUUCAAAGGGAUCAAUCGGGUGCGGUGGGGUUUGUUGGGGUGUGUUUGGUUCAUCAGUUGGAGGGGGGUUAGCACAAAUUUCCGCCUUCUAAAUAAAUUUAAUUUAUUAAGCUCAACUUGCUCAGCUCAUUGUCACUGUUUUUCGCUCUGUAGCCAAAAGAAUAAAUGAAUUACAAUAACCAUUCUUCGCAAGGAAGCCCUGUCUGCUCCACCCAUGAUCGUAGUCAUUUAAGCGCUUCAUGUAAAUAUCGAGUCAUUUAUGCUAAUUCUUAAAUUUUUUUUUAAUAUCGCUCGUCUGUUGUGUGUGUCCAAUCGAAAUGUGUAUUUUUUGUUUUACUUUUAUUGUUUGUUUGACGCCGCGUACACUUGGAGUACCUCAAUUAGUUCGUAAGCCGAAGUUUACGAUUACGAUGCAAAUGUUUGGUUAGUUCUUAAAAGUAUGUAUAGAAUACCAAUAAAACGAAUAAAACUAA